AAAGCGAAGAACGGAGAGGACGAGAGAGGAGAAAAGCUGGGCUGUUUGUAGUUGUAGCGUCUCAUUAGAUGCAGCGAGCAUGGAGCCAAACAGAAAGUCUGUUUCGCCAUUAAUGGAUCAACAUCUUCCUUCCUGGAAUCCAUUGACACUGCAGAAGAGGCUAGAGAUAUCUCAGCAUGCAUGAGAGAGAGAGAGAGAGAGAGAGAGAGAGAGAGAGCACUAGAACACACAACUACUAGUUAGUAGUUUGUUAGUAUUAGAUAGCUAGGGUCCAAGGGCCAUCACAAAUGACUAGCGUCCUAGAAAGACUGAGGGUCGCGAGUGUGGAGGGAUAGAGGUGUUGCUUGGCCGCUAGCCUGCCUCGCCGGCCUUUGGAGUCAAAGCGUAUUUAGGUCUCUGCUAGAGUCUGGAGAUACACGUACGUGUAUGUCUAGCAGCUAGCCUCCCUCUCUGCGUCUGUCUGUGUCGGCCGCCGGUGUGCACCUCGCCUGCGGAGCUGUGAUCGAUCGAUGGUGAGUGGCAGCAGCCUCAAGGAGCAGCAGCAGGAGAUGAACAUCUCCUUCGGGAUGAACCACCAUCACCAUCACCCUCCUUCCUCGUCUUCCUCUGCUUCCUCCAUGCAUGCAGCUGCUGCAAGCUUCAUGACUAGCGGCAAGGAGGCGUCAGGAGCUUAUGACCAUCUGGGCGAGCUGGACCAGGCGUUGUUCAUGUACCUGGAUCACGGCAGCCAUGGCGCCACGCACCCAGAGCAAAGGCAGACACUCAACAUCUUCCCUUCCCAGCCCAUGCAUGUGGAGCCAUCGCCAAAGGGGGAGAUUAGUUUAGUUCUGGCCCCGGCUCCGGUGGGAUCCAAGCAGCCUAGGUCACCAGACCAUCACCACCAUCAGCGGACCGACAUGGAGGAGUUGGCAGUGAGCAGGAGGCAGGAUCACCACCAGCAGCAGCACCAACCCUUUGCUGCUGUCGCUGAGUCUGCAGCAGCAGCAGAAGGGACCAUCAAGGAUGUGAAGCCGGUGGCCAAGAAGGAGCACAGGAGGGGUGCAUCGACCGGGGAACGCGACCCAAAAACGCUGAGAAGGCUGGCCCAGAACAGGGAGGCAGCAAGGAAAAGCAGGCUAAGGAAGAAGGCUUACAUCCAGCAGCUGGAGUCUAGUAGGAUCAGGCUUGCUCAGCUUGAACAAGAACUGCACACUGCAAGAGCUCAGGGAGUCUUCUUCCACAACAGCGGCCUUCUCCCCGACCAAGGUGCCGCUGGCAAAGCCGUCCCUAUCGGCGGCAUAGACGGCCUCAGCUCAGAGGCGGCGAUGUUCGACGUGGAGUACGGGCGGUGGCAGGAGGAGCACUACCGUCUGAUGUACGAGCUGCGGGCGGCGCUGCAGCAGCACCUGCCGGAUGGGGAGCUGCAGAUGUACGUGGAGAGCUGCCUGGCGCACCACGACGAGAUGAUGGGAAUCAAGGACGGCGUCAUCAAGGGCGACGUCUUCCACCUCAUCUCCGGUGUCUGGAGGAGCCCCGCCGAGCGAUGCUUCCUCUGGCUCGGCGGCUUCCGCCCAUCGGAGGUCAUCAAGAUGCUGCUGAGCCACGUGGAGCCCCUGACGGAGCAGCAGAUCGUGGGCGUGUACGGUCUGCAGCAGUCGGCGCUGGAGACGGAGGAGGCGCUCAGCCAGGGCCUGGACGCGCUGUACCAGUCGCUCUCCGACACCGUCGUCUCCGACGCGCUCAGCUGCCCCUCCAACGUCGCCAACUACAUGGGCCAGAUGGCCGCCGCCAUGAACAAGCUCUCCACCCUCGAGGGCUUUGUCCGACAAGCGGAGAACCUUCGGCAGCAGACGCUGCACCGGCUGCACCAGAUCCUGACGACGCGGCAGAUGGGGCGGUCGCUGCUGGCCAUGUCGGACUACUUCCACCGCCUCCGCACGCUCAGCUCGCUCUGGGUCACCCGCCCCAGGGCCCCGCAGGAGCAGCAGGGCCACAGCUAAUCGUCGUCGGUCGUCGUCAGCUGAUCGUCACCUGGACGCACGCACGCACGCAUGCGUCCAUGCAUGGAGCCAUGGACGGAUGGACGCAUGCUGUUCGUUCGUCAGUUCAAGAAACAGGCCAGAGACCUCGCAGGUGUUCGUUCGUAGCGACUGUCGUUGGCUGCUAGUAGAUAGCUAUAGUUAGGUAUGAUCGAUCGGUCGGCUGGUCAGUCGACGCGGCUGAUUGAUGAUCUUAAUUGUAAUGGUUAUCUUAUCACCGGAUGCAUGCAUGUGUUCACCAGUGUUCGUUGACUCUAGAGAUGCGGCGGUUUUAACAAUCCUGCAGGGUCACCGGUUUUAACAAUCCUGCAGGGUCACCGGUUUUAACAAUCCUGCAGGGCCUGGUGGUGGAGGCCGCCUCGUGGCGCCUCCGUCUCGAGUUUGUCACCGUGCCGGGCGACCACCACCGCCUCCGUUCGUCCAGUUCCCGGGAGCGCCACUAUUGCCGGUGCGGCACCGCCGACCCUAGUGCUAGCUAGAGUCAGAGCUUGUUGAAACCAAACCAAAUUAAAUCCUCUUUUU